AAGCGACACCACAAAAAGCAAUUUGGUUGACACGACCUGCGGACGACACGACACACGAUGGCGACGCAGCAAACAAGCGAGAACGCUGCCAAGCAGCAGCAGGAGCAGGAGGUGCCCACGGCGCCCAUGGUUGGCACAACGCCGUGCAUCAUCUGCAUCGGCAUGGCUGGGUCGGGCAAGACGUCGCUGGUGCAGCGAAUUAAUGCCUACUUGCAUCAGCGGCAUGCGGGGCGACAGUGCAGCAGUGCAACCAGUGCACCAGGCACAGAAGCCAAACAAGCAGCAAGCACAGCACAGGCAGACACAACAGCAGAAGCCCCCACACACGCAGAAGCGACAACAGAAGCAGAGACAGUAGACACGACAGCAGAGGCGAUGGAUACAACAGCCUCAACAGAGGCACCAAGUGGUGAGGCCAGUACCACGCCUGCAGCGGCUACAGCUGACCGUACGCCGUGCUAUGUGCUCAACCUGGAUCCGGCGGUGUAUCAGCUCCCGUACGAGGCGAACAUUGACAUCCGGGAGACCAUCAACUACAAGGCCGUGAUGAAGGAUUAUGGCCUUGGUCCAAACGGCGCCAUUGUUACCUGCCUCAACCUCUUUGCCACCAAGUUUGACCAGGUGCUGUCGCUCAUGGAGAAACGCAGUCCCACGACGGAUUAUUUCCUGUUUGACACGCCGGGACAGAUUGAGGUGUUCACGUGGUCUGCGUCCGGCACCAUCAUCACGGAGACGCUUGGGUCCAGCUUCCCGACGGUUGUGGUGUAUGCCAUUGACACGCCGCGGUGCACCAGCCCGGUCACAUUCAUGUCCAACAUGCUCUACGCCUGCAGCAUCAUGUACAAGACGCGGCUCCCCUUCAUCAUUGUCUUCAACAAGGUUGACGUGACCAGCCACGAGUUUGCGGUCGAGUGGAUGCGCGACUACGAGACCUUCCGCGACAUUGUGUCGGAGGAGACGGCGUACAUUGGCUCCAUGGCUCGCUCCAUGGGCCUGGUGCUGGAGGAGUUUUACCACAACCUGCGUGCGGUGGGCGUGUCUGCGCUCACGGGCGCGGGCAUGGAGGACCUCUUCUCCGCCGUGGAUGAGGCCGUCAACGAGUACAUGACAGACUUCAAGCCAGAGCUGGACGAGCUCCUCAAGAAGAAGGAGCAAGAGAAGAUUGACCGUGCCACAGAGUCCCUGACGAAGCUGGCUCGCGACAUGAAGCUGGGAGGCAAGGUGGUCCUCGACUCACGAGCACCGAUGGGGGCAGGGGAUGGCGAUGACGAGGACGACGUGGAUUCAGACGAUUACGAUGACCUGGAGGACAGCGCUCGCGUGGUGCAAGUGGCGACAAAGACCAACGACGCGUUCCAGCGCAGCCAAGGGUUGUGAUGUGAUGUGACAAUGUUUUUGUGUGUCGCACUGUCGUCUAAACUUGAACACCAUAAAUCGCAGUUCAACGCACGCCUGCUUCGCUCUCUUCGCCACUGCUUCGAGUACUUGCG